AAAGCUUUUACGCCCCAACUCUCUCAUGGUCUCUUUCUCUGUUCAUAUACUAAUUUUCUCUUCCACUAAUUCUUUUCCCUCAUUAUUUUCUCUGCAAACAAAAGCAAAACACUAAACGCCUAACACUUUGUGUUCUGUACGAGCAGCAAAAGCAGUUUUUUUAUUUUCUCGUUUUUUCUGUUACGAAACAUCUGAAUAUUACCCUUUACAGCACUCCGGUUUCUUUGCUGCGAUCAGGAAGCGUUUUUUUUUUUUUUUUUUCUUUUGGCAAGAAAACAGUUACAGCUUUAGGAAGAGAAUGCAACGGAGUUCAGCGGGUUUGAGUUUGACCCGAGUGGUUUAAUGGGAACCGGGUUAUGAGGUUUGGAUCGAAUUGUUUUGUUCUUGAGUCGUGAAAUGAGUGAAGCUGAGAUGGGUUCAGUGCUAAAGCAGGCGCUUAAGAGACUUUGUUGCAGUAAUGGGUGGUGUUAUGGGGUUUUUUGGCGCUUUGAUAAGAGAAAUUCCUUGUUGUUGACUUUUGAAGAUGCGUAUUACGAAGACCAGAUGGGAACAGUGGUUAAUCACAUGCUUCUACAGGUCCACAUGCUUGGCAAAGGAAUCAUUGGGCAAGCUGCUUUGGCUGGUAGCCAUAGUUGGGUGUUCUUUGAUACUCAUGGUGAACAGUCCAACUCAAUUGGUUCUGUUACAAAUCAAGAUAUAUUUCAGGAGGAAACCAGCACCGAGUUCCAUCAUCAAUUUUCUUCUGGAAUAAAGACGAUUGUCACAAUCUCUGUUGGAUCACGAGGAGUCGUACAGUUUGGAUCCACUCAGAAGGUUUUGGAGAGCUUGGAAUUUUUGGAUCAAACAAAAAGAAUGCUUCAAGGCAUGGAAAGUAUUGAUGGGCUUAUUCCACUGGAACAUGCAUCGUCAUCUUCGGACUUUUAUGAUCUUGAUGGGUUGUUUGCUACAUUAAUAGCAUCAGAAAAUUCUUCCAGUGGGAAUCUGGUCCAGGUGUAUGGUGGCAGCUCAACUGAGUUGAUAGGAAAUGCUGCUUGUUUGUCAGCAAGCCCAUCUCAGUCUUCUUUCACAUCUGAUUUUUUCAUAGGGAACAUGACUCCCAUACAUGGGGAUUCAUGUCAUGUUUUCAAUCAAUUACAAACAGAUGUUCCAGAAGCUCAAGGCGAAUUAUCUAGUAAGCCUAAUACCAAGAUUCAGAGUUUUGGCCUACCUACAUCUUCUGUCAACAACUCAGUUGACAAUGUUCCUUCUAAUAGUGCAUGGAGUGAUGAUUCUAUUUUGGCAGCAUUUGAACCAAUAUCACUGCCAGAAAAAGGAAUGCAAGAUCUUCCAGGUGUAUUUGUUGCAAAAACAGACACUCUUGUAUCUCGAGGAUCUGCAAUAAAAAGUUGUCUAGGGGAGUCAAAUGUUUCCUUGAAGUAUCAAUACAGAUCUGGAAAACUGACUCCUGACCAAAAUUGUCCUCUUGAAAGAGCAAUUGACCAUCCUAAUAUAUCUGAGAAAUUUAAGGAAGCUGAUUUAUUGGCUGAUAUCUCUAGCGCCUUUGCAGUGGAUGAUCUGACUCAGUGGUUUGCCCUGUCACCAGAAUACGACAUUGACAAAAUACUAAAUGCAGCAAAUGAUUAUUAUUCACAACCCCUGCAUGUCAUGUCAGAGUCAUUUGGGCUUAUUGGAUUGAAUUCUUUAGCUGACAAUCCAAUCAAAUGUUCAGCCAAAUCUGCACAAUGUUCUGAUGCUGAUACUGUCAUAUCUGAUGGACAAGAAGUGUCCAUGAUAAUCCAAAAUGUUGAGAAUGAUCUCUUUGAUGCUUUCGGACUGAGUGUUGCGUGUCACCAAAGUGGGGAGAGUUGGGAAGAAACUUUAAUGCCAGUAGUGAGUGCUGUUCGCUCAGCUAGCAGUAGUGGCGUAGCAGAACUCAAAUCAGAGUUUGAGGUUGGUUUCAAGACCACUCCACAGGAAGGAUUAUUUUCUGAAGGACUUAAUGAGCUUCUAGACAGUGUUGGUACUUCCAGUUCUACUAAAUCUGGUUUAGAGGAGCAUUUUUCUACUACUAAAAGAAGGAAAGUAGAAGGUUCAUCAUCUAAUUGUAAUCAAGUUGAGUUGGUAAAAAGUCUUUCUUGCUCUGCUGGAAGCAUGAAUUUGAAGCAGCCCUCAUCAGAUUGGAACAAACUAAAUAAUAAUGGAUCCAAAAAGGAAGUUCUUCCAAAGUCACAGGUGGGUUUGUGGAUUGAUGAUAGCUAUAGCAUCAAUGCUGGAAAUGCAGUAAUAAAAACUACUAAGAAGCUCGAGGAGCCAAUGAAUACUAACAGGAAAAGGGCUAGACCUGGGGAAAGUACACGGCCAAGGCCAAAAGACCGUCAGCAGAUCCAAGAUCGUAUCAAAGAGUUGAGAGGAAUAAUACCCAAUGGUGCAAAGUGUAGUAUUGAUGCUUUGUUGGAUCUCACGAUCAAAUACAUGCUUUUCUUGCAAAGUGUGACAAAAUACGCAGACAAGCUUAAACAGACUAAUCAGCCAAAGCUAAUUGACCGGCAGCAUGGACUUCUAAAAGACAGCAAUGGUGAGAGUCACGGUGACAGUAGUGAUGUUGAUGGUGGUGGUGCUACAUGGGCAUUUGAAGUUGGAGGAGAAACAAUGUUUUGCCCAAUUAUAGUUGAGGAUCUUAGCCCCCCUGGUCACAUGCUUAUAGAGAUGCUUUGUGAGGAACAAGGAUAUUUCCUUGAGAUAGCAGACAAUAUUAGGGGUUUCGGGUUGAACAUACUGAAGGGAGUUAUGGAGGUUCGGAAAAGUAAAAUAUGGGCCCACUUUGUCGUUGUGGCAAACAAGCAUGUAACACGGUUGGAUAUAUUUUGGUUCCUAGUCCAGCUUCUACAUCAGACGGAUAUUAGUGAGAUUGAUUCCACAAAUCAAGGAGGUAACAUCAUGGAUAGCACAUUAAAUGGUUGUCAACAGCCUUUGCUUCCGCCGCCCAUGAAUCUGGCUAUGACCUAUCAACUGGGUGCUCUAUAAAAAGAUUCUGUCGAUAACUUUCUGUAAAGCAGAGGUGAUGGAUGAAGAUGAAAAGGAAGUUCCAUGUUCCAUUUUAACAACCUAAUGAGAAAUGGAAAUGGAAAUGAAAUUUGUUUGAGUAGGAAUCAUUUUUGAAGGAUUGACAAGCCAUCCUGAGUAGGAAAAUGCUGAAGUAUACAGCUUUAUAAAACUAAAUAACUUUAGGAGAAAAAAACCUGGAUAGGAAGUUUUCUUAGCAUUGAUUGGGUGUAUCUUAGGUUACAUACUAGUGAACAGACAUGAGGUUGCCGAAAAACUCUAUUUGUUUUUGUUUGCAAUUUGUUUUGGCUGCUACUGCCAUAACCUGUUUAUAGUCUGAUGCUAAUAGAAAAGUUAUAGGCUAACUA